AUGCUAACGCAGGACGUCAACGCCUUCUUGGCGGUUCCCUCGACAGCACCACAAGCAGUAUGGCCAGCACCAUCCUCGUCAUCCAUCCGGAGAUGGAACAACCGGUCCAGGCCUCGAGCUUGGAUGUCUGAGGGCAGCGGGGCGCCCGCGACUACCAGGAGAGACAUGUUCCAGGUGGCAGGAGCGGCGCUCGCUGCCACUGUGAGCCUGACAGCAGUGCCGGUGACGAGGUCGGCCGGGGCCGCCGUCACGGAGGGCGACCGGAAGGGGGUCGAGCAGACCACCAUACGGUGGAAGGAAACGGUGACGCUGGGCACGCCGGACGCGCCUAGGAAGACGGCGGAUCUCUACGCCGUGGACGGCGUGCUUUGGGGGACCGUGUCCGAGGAGGUCCGGGACACGCCGGAGGAGAUCUACGAUUACUUCGACUACUUCGCGCGGCUGCCCAAGCUCCGGCUGUCGGAGUUCACCCCGGUGUCGCUGCGCGUCUACGGCGACUUCGCAACCGAGGCGGGCACGUACACGUUCAAGUGGCAGGGGGAAGACGGGGUGCCCAAGGAGAAGCGGGCUCGCUUCAGCUUCACCUUCAGGAGCGACCCGGAGAGUCCUACGUCGUGGACUAUCGUGGAGCACCACUCUUCCUCGAUGCCUACGUCGCCGUUGCAGCUGAAGCACGUCAGAUAGUGGGAGUUGGUGGCGGUGUCUUGGGUUCUAGAAGAGCGAGAGAGCUUUGGUUAGAAUCCUUUUGUGGCGUUGGGAAAUUGGCCGCGCUGUUCGAGUCUAUAGAGUUGAUUCUGCUGUCGAGAGAGAAAGGCGUUAUGCCAGGGAUGGACAGACGGAAAAGAUUAUGGUCAAACUAGGUAGAGAGAAAGGGGAGGUUGUUUCGUUGCAUGGACACCACGCCGGCGUUCGGCGGUUGUCUAUUGGUGUACUCUCUUGCGGCCGGGGUGCUGCUUGUCUUCCUGGACGAGGAAAUGCCACCGCAGCAGCGCCCGAAAUCGUUCCUGGAAUUCUUUCCCGGAGUAUUUUGUGGGAUUAUUCUCGCAAAAUCAAGUGGGAUCACGAGACUACAUAGUUUACUUUCGAUAGGCUUACCGGUGGGAUAUACUUCAGCCGUCAAGCAUACGUGUACAUAUGCACAUGGGCUAUUUUUUAUAGAUCUGACCACCUCGCGAUUUCGCUUGUUUAGUACUACUGUAUCACGCCUUGUCGUCCCGACAGUUUUGAUCUGAGUUGUUUUUGCAAAGAAGGGAAAGGGAGCUACCAAAUCACCAGAGGAGGAGCUUGUUGUGGUUGGGUGUUGGUUGCCGUGGCUGGAACUGGAUGUCUCGCUGAAAUCAGCUACAUCCGCCAAGGGUCAUGUCGUUCAAGGUCAAAACCAGCGAUUUUUAUGUUUUAGAGCUUGUAGGGGAUGAUGACCCUUUCGAGCAAGAGGUCAAUGGCUGUGGCGUAAUAAGCUGCUUGCGCCGAGGGGAAGAGGGAAGGAAGGAGGGUUGGUUGGGUGCAAUCAGCAAAAUAUUUUGUGAAAUGUUUUUUUUUUGUUUUGAGCUUGGGAUAAAGUUCGCAAUUUUGGUCAGCUAGGCAAGGGGAGUGUGGUACGAAGGAAAAGGUAGGAGGUGGGGUGGUGACGACAAUAUUUGUACCGCAGUUGUUGCGUACUCUUUGUUGUUGUUGAGGUGUGAUUUGGCCAAUUA